AUUACUUGACGUAUUAUACUUACCCAACCCUGCUCUUUGGUAUUGCCGGUAUUGCAACGCUGAUCUGGUGUAUAAGGUCGCGUGGUCGGCAUAAAAUUGCAUCAUAAAUUGGCGGUUUUAUUGACGUGAGAUGUCGGAAAAAUUACCGGAAUCAAUCAAUUUCUCCAAAGAGGAGGAAGUUAUUUUGAAAUUGUGGAAAUCUGUGGACGUUUUCCAGAAUUGUCUCAGGCAGUCAAAAAAUAAACCCAGAUAUUCCUUUUAUGAUGGACCUCCCUUUGCCACUGGUCUACCGCAUUAUGGGCACAUUCUCGCUGGUACCAUAAAGGAUAUUGUAACAAGAUAUGCUCAUCAAAGUGGAUUCCAUGUGGAGCGGAGAUUUGGUUGGGAUACCCAUGGGUUACCAGUGGAAUAUGAAAUCGACAGCGUUUUGGGUAUUAAAGGUCCGGAUGAUGUCAUGAAAAUGGGGAUAGCCAAGUAUAAUGCGGAAUGUAGAAACAUUGUCAUGCGUUAUGCGGAUGAGUGGAAAAGCACUGUGGAAAGAAUUGGACGUUGGAUCGAUUUUGAAAAUGAUUAUAAAACCUUAUAUCCAUGGUAUAUGGAAUCUAUUUGGUGGGUAUUUAAAGAACUAUACAACAAGGGACUGGUAUAUCAAGGAGUAAAGGUAAUGCCUUUUUCUACAGGGUGUAAUACCCCAUUAUCUAAUUUUGAAUCUGGUCAAAAUUAUAAGGAGGUGACUGAUCCUUCUAUCGUCAUCGCAUUUCCUCUAUUAGAUGAACCUAAUGUAUCUAUCCUUAUAUGGACUACUACACCUUGGACGCUACCCAGCAAUUUAGCGCUUUGUUGUAAUCCUAAUUUUGAAUACGUUGAAAUUGAGGAUGUGUCAUCUGGAAUCAUUUAUAUUUUAUUAGAAUCAAGCUUAAAUCUAUUGUACAAAUCAAAUAAUUUGUAUAAGAUACGUCGAAAGAGAAAAGGUUCCGAGCUUAAAGGAAAGUCUUACGAACCUCCAUUUUCCUAUUUUAGCGAAUUACGAAAAAAAGGAGCUUUUAAAAUCUUGAAUGAUACCUACGUAACUGCUGAUUCUGGCACAGGUAUUGUUCAUCAGGCCCCAUACUUUGGAGAAGAUGAUUAUCGAUGCUGCUUGGAAGCUGGUAUUAUAACAAAAGAUCAACAAAUGGUCUGCCCGAUUGAUAGUCGUGGUUGUUUUACAGAACCUGUACAAGAUUUUUUAGGUCUCUAUAUUAAGGUAGCAGAUAAAGAAAUCAUUAAGCAUUUAGAGGCAAAAAAGAAACUUCUAUAUAAUGGAGUGAGCAAACAUAGUUACCCAUAUUGCUGGAGGUCAGAUACUCCAUUAAUUUAUAAAGCUGUGCCGUCAUGGUUUAUUAGAGUCGAACAAAUAAAAGAAAAAUUAUUAGAAACUAAUGCACAGACGUAUUGGAUACCUGAUUAUGUGAAGGAAAAACGAUUUGGUAAUUGGCUGAAAGAUGCUAGGGACUGGGCUGUCUCUAGAAAUCGUUAUUGGGGUAAUCCUAUACCACUGUGGAUAUCUGAAGAUAGAAAAGAAAUUGUAUGUAUUGGAAGCAUCAAAGAACUGGAAGAGUUAUCUGGUACUAAAAUAACUGACAUUCAUCGGGAAAGCAUUGAUACUUUGACUAUUCCAUCAAAUCGACCAGGACAACCACCUUUAUAUCGAGUUUCAGAGGUUUUCGAUUGUUGGUUUGAAUCGGGAUCUAUGCCUUACGCUCAAUUACAUUAUCCAUUUGAGCACAUCAAGAACUUUGAUGAAAGCUUUCCUGCUGAUUUCAUUGCAGAAGGAAUAGACCAGACUCGUGGUUGGUUCUACACUCUGCUAGUCAUAUCAACAGCACUUUUUGGAAAACCUGCCUUUAAAAAUUUAGUUGCUAAUGGCUUAGUAUUAGCAUCAGAUGGACAAAAAAUGUCAAAACGGAAAAAGAAUUAUCCAGAUCCAAUGGAAAUUAUUAAACAGUAUGGAGCAGAUGCAUUACGUCUUUACUUAAUUAACUCUCCAGUUGUAAAAGCAGAGAAUUUACGAUUCAAGGAAGAAGGAGUAAGAGAUGUCAUUAAGGAUGUUUUUUUACCAUGGUACAAUGCAUUUAGAUUUUUAAUGCAAAAUAUUGAACGAUUUGAGAGAGAAGAGACUAAAUUUUCUUAUACUGAAAUCAAGAAUCCUGAAGACUUCUCUAACAAUAUAAUGGAUAGAUGGAUUUUGUCUUUCACUCAAAGUUUGUUACAAUUUAUGAAACAAGAGAUGGAAGCUUAUAGAUUGUACACUGUAGUUCCUAAACUAAUAAAGUACAUUGAUAAUCUAACUAACUGGUAUGUGAGAAUGAACCGUAAAAGAAUUAAAGGAGACUAUGGUUCGGUGGAUUGUGGGUAUGCUUUGAACACACUCUUCACCAUUCUUUACACAAUAAUUAGAAUAAAUGCUCCCUUUACACCAUUCUUAACAGAGUUCAUGUUUCAACGAUUGUCAAAAUUACUCAAUUCAAGUAAAAAAAACAAGGAAAGUGUUCACUAUCAAAUGAUGCCUGAAGCUUGCUCUUGGUUAAUCAAUGAAGGCAUAGAGAAGGCUGUUUCUUGCAUGCAAACAGUUAUCGAGUUGGGUAGAGUUGUAAGAGACAGAAAAACAUUGCCAAUAAAAUAUCCUCUACCGGAAGUCGUUGUGAUUCAUCAAGAUCCGUCCAUUCUAAAGGAUAUAAAUUCAUUAAAAUCUUACAUCCUUGAAGAACUAAAUGUUAAAAAACUCACAGUAACAAUAGACAAGGAAAAAUAUGGAGUAGCCUUGCGGGCAGAGCCUGAUCACAGAAUGCUUGGAGCAAGGCUAAAAGGGGAGUUCAAAUCCAUUGUCCGAGCUAUCAAAGAACUUUCAGAUGAAGACCUGCAAGUGUUUGUAGAAACUAAACAAAUUACAAUAGAAGGUCAUGUCCUUGGAGAGAAAGACCUGAGAUUAAUGUUCAGCUUCACCGGUCCAGCUGCGGAGCAGUUGUCGAAACGAUACGAGGCGCAUGGAGAAGGUAAUAUUUUGAUUUUGUUAGAUGUAACGCUUGAUGAAACUAUGCAAAAUGAAGGAAUUGCCAGGGAAAUGAUAAAUCGAGUGCAGAAGUUAAGAAAAAAAGCACAGUUGGUUCCAUCGGAUGAUGCAAUAGUGUACUAUAGGAUUGCAGAUCCUAAUAGUACCUUGGCAAAAGUAACUGUCACGCAUAAGGAAUUCAUUGAGGGAACCACAAGAACUCCACAGAAAGAUAUUUCAGAAUUACCUAGCAAUGCUAACAUUAUUAUCGAAGAGGAACAAACAGUCAAAGGUGUUGGUUUAAAGCUUAUUUUAGUUGGAUGCAAUACAACAGAGGAAGCUGAUUCAGUUGACAGUGAACCGCAUUUAAAGUAUGUCAAUGUAGAAUUGACGCAUUUGCAACCAAGAUUUGGUGCAAUGGGCAGAAAAGCUACAGUGCUAUUGGAAACUCACAAAUCUGGGACUGUACUCUCUUACGUACAAUUGUGCAAGGAGAUUGACAGAGUUUUUGGAAUUUAUGGGUGUCAUUAUAACUUGUGUAUUAACGGAAAGCAAAUAUUAGAUGUGAAGGAUAUUGGUUUUCUUCACAAACAAACGAUAUACAUUGUACCAGUUAGGAGCGCUUUAUUGUUAGUAAAAAACAAUUAUGAUGGUCCAGUGUGUUGUUUUGUUAAUAUUCAAAGUGAAAACAAUAUGGCAACAAUACUUUUGGAAAAUCCUCAAGGAAACUUUCUAUCAGAUCCUGUGACUUUAAUCAAUAGACUGCAGUUACUAUUUCCAGAACAAGAUAUUGCAAGUUUGUCACAUGCCAUUUCUUCAAUGACUAAAUCAGUUUCAGAGUUGCACGGGAAAACAUUAAAUAUUUAAUAACUAAAAGACAUAUUGACAACGCCAAUCUUAAUUAGCGACCUCUUGGAUUUUUCUGCAAACAUUAAUAAGUGUAGUGUUGUUCAAGUUAAGUUUGCCGAUUCUAAUCACCUUAGCAGAAUUGAUACUUUUUAUAAUGUAAAUUACUGAUAUUUAAUAAAUCAAUUUAAUUUCUA